UGUAAAAAUCUCACCCUAUUCGGUAAACUGUAUAUGAUAGUUAUCCCGCUCCGCUGUAAAACGGAGAACGAUAAACGGCGCACUCCGUUGUUGCGCUGUUGCUCCAGCGAUAGCGGAGAGCGAUGCUUAUCGAAGGUUUUGCUAUUUGCCUAUGAAAUAAAAAAUGGCGGCGUCGUUGCGAGAAAAAGAAUUCAACGUUGAUAUUUUUACUAUUUUAAAUCAUCAAAAUGAACACGAUGGUAAUAAUAAAAAGGAAGAUAUGGAUGCUGGAGUCAAUGCAAAAGAAAUGUACAAGCUUAAAUUUGAAGAUGUUUGGAAUCAUAUCAGGUGCACAGUUGCUCCAGUUUUAAGUGGAAAAUCUCAAAGGAAAAGAAAGGUUCUGAAAAAAGUAAAGGAGGGUAUUCAGAAAAAAGUGGAGAAAAUGUUUGAAACUGACGUAGAUGGAAGUGAGACGAUCAAACAUAUUGAGAGUGACCUAUACGAACGAUUUCAGGUUCGGUUGGAGUUGAUAAAGUACAUGAAAGGACAAGAGGGAAGUGAAUCUGUUGUCAGCGGCUGCUAUCCCUUACCGGAAAGAAAUAAACUUGAUGGACAAGAUGAAUGUGAUGCCGAUAGUCAAGAAACAAAAAGCUCUGAAACUGAUGAACUUUCCAAUGAUGUCCCACUAAGAAAGAAGAAAAAAUGGUCGUACAUGCCUACAAAACAAGACGAACUGGUAGAAAAACUGGAUGGCGCCAAUAAGCGGUUGACGAGACUAGAAAAUUUAACAUCAACAUUGAGCUAUCGGAUCCACGAAUUGAAAGAAAAAAAUGCGUCGCUGCUGCUAAGAAAUGCCGAAUUCACAAGGUUAAAGCUGGUAGAACAAUUAGGCAUGAAUCGAUCAGUACAAAUGGUUGAUGCGUCCUUGUUUGCGAGUCGCUUUCAUACAGGAGAUCCACUAUUGCAAGAGGAAACCCCUUGCAUUCUAGAUUCAGCGUUCAUUUCUACGCUGAAAAUAACAGAUUUUUGUGAAGGUGUUUUUGCUUCUACUAAAAGGGCUAUGUUCGAUGACGGAGAUACUGUGAUAUUGAAAACGUUUUCAAAAGAUUGUCGUCAAAAUAACAUUAAAAAUGUUGCCCAUGUAAGUCACGAGCACCGGAUUUUGAAGUUUAUUGGUCGGCACGAAAACCUAGUGAGCAGCAUUGGAGUCGUGCAUUUCGAUCAAUCGUAUUAUUCCGUGCUUCAUUACGUUGCUGGUUAGACUCUUGAUCGCCAUUGGAAAUUGGGUUUUCCAGACAUUUCUUCAACUUCAGUUUUUAAGCGAAUUCUGACAGGCGUUGCAAGCGGAAUUAGCUUCUUGCAUAGUAAGGGUGUGUUACACAACCAUAUCGUUGCAGACAAUGUAAUUCUUCACGGACAGGAUUUGUUUCCUAUUCUGAUAGGAUUCAGUUUUGCUUGUCGUGCAACAUGUGUUAGGAACAGUUGCGUAGAUGUGAUCAAACUGUUUCCAGAUAAAGCGCAUUUAGCACCAGAGUUAUUUCAGGGUUGUCCUGUGUCGUAUAGUACGGACAUAUUUAGUUAUGGGAAACUCCUCGAUAACUAUUUGAAAAAUAUGUCUGUCAUGGAUGACAAAGCGCGAGAUAAGUUGGAAUCCUUCUCGAUACAGUGUAUGGAUUGGAGAGCGCCUCAUCGAUUACCGCACAAAUUUCUUUUCAGGAGAGUGGGCUUGCUUCUGACGGAACUAGGGUACUAGUUCCAUAAGAUUGAUAGGCAAAGAUAAAAAUAUUUUCAACUGUAAA